AUGGCGGAGGAAAUCGUCAACUAUUCCUUGGCAGAUCUGAGAGAAGUGGAAAAUAAGGUUGGCAGGAAAACACCGGAAAGUCUUCUGAUUUGGAUGAGGGAUGCUGCGGACUGCGGGGAUGGUUGGUGGUCCGACGUGGCCGACAGGGGGGACCGGAGCAGCGCCUUCACUGAGAGCUUCUCUGACCAAAUAAGAGGCCUAAAACAAGACAUGAGGUUGCUGCGUUCUGCCGAUGUGAAGAUUCUGCGCCAGCUGGUGACCGUCCACGAGGGCAUUGAGGCCAUGCGUUGGCUGAUGGAGGAGCAGGAUGCUUUGACCAGCCGUGGCAGCAGCUUGGCAAGCAGCCUGAGCAGCCUGGUGACUGUGGAGGAGCACGGGCUCUCGUUGUCCCCCUGCAGAGAAAGCCAGAGCCCAAGUCAAGAUUUGACUGAAGACUCACCACACGCUGAUGAUGCUGAAUCAAACCGCAAGAGAGACUGGCUGAUCCCAGAGUCUACUGGGGAGAAACCUCUCAGUCCUUACUUGAAGUUCGAAGCCACACAUGGCAGCGGUGAAGAGAGACGGACGCAGCAACAAACUCAGAGGAGUUUCAGAGCCUCUCAGCAUAAUGUGAUGAAAGAGGAAGAGGAAGAGGUGGCGCCCGAUGGAGACACGGCCUUGUUGAGCUACGAUGCUCAGUGGUGCUGGGUGGAGUCGCAGGAUGAAGUAACGUAUCUAUGA